CAUCUCCCAAACAACUGAAGGCAAGGCUGUCUUGAUCCCACCACGGCCGACUUUGUGACGUCAUUUUGUCCAAUACCUACACACUGCAGGCUACAGUGUGCGGAUAGUUAAAAUAAUAGUUGGACGGAUUGUUUUUAUUGUGCUGUGUUGUUUUGUUUUGUUUUUACAUACGGAUCUAGGGUUUUAUUAACAAGGUCCUUCUCACCAUGAAGGUCUAUAGUGCCAUAAUUCUUGUCCUGGGCUGUUAUAUUAGUUCUUCAAAGGCUUAUUCAAAAUAUGGUAGGUCAUGUAAAGACAUAGGAUGUCGAAGCAAUGAAGUUUGCGUCAUGGAAAAUGACCCUUGUUCGUACUACCAAAGGCAGAACGAAUGUGGGGCGUACCCCACGUGUAAAAAAACAACUUCCGGAAGCCCUACGUGUGCCACCUUUGUAUGUCCACCUGGAAAUGUCUGCAAGAUGAGUGGGGAUAACCCUAAAUGCGUCGAAGACACCUCUAAAAGGGGUCAUGUGGGUUACGAUACCAGUUCCUUGGACUCCCAGGUUCAACCUGCCCAGCCCGGCCAACCUCAGCAACCUAGUGCCCCAGUUCUACCCUCCAAUGGGGGUAGUGUGUAUCCAAACAUCCCCACAAGAGGUGAAACUACUCCAAGACCUAACGUGAGACCUCAAAGUAAUGGAGGUGGUGGAUAUCGCGGUGGAAGCAUCGGUUCCGGAUAUCCAGGUCAACCUAGCGGAUAUCCGGCACAACCUAGCGGAUAUCCAUCGCAACCUAGCGGCUAUCCGAGCCAGUAUCCUGGUGGUUAUCCGCAACAAGGAGGAGCCGGAUAUCAAGGUGGAUACAAUGGUUAUCAAGGAGGUUAUCAACAACCUGGAGGAUAUCCUCAAGGAGGUUACCAACAACCUGGAGGUUACCCACAAGGAGGCUACCAAGGUGGUUCCAGUGGAGGUUAUCCUUACAACUCCAAUAGCAAUCAAUAUGGCAACAAAUACGGCCAGAAAAGCUCGGGAUCUUCAUUUAGCGAUACUUUCUCGAAUACAUUGAAAAAUCUUGGUACGGACCUGCUUAAAAGUGCCUUAGGCAAAAUUAUAACCGGUGCAGUCUCCAGAAAUUAAUCAAAAAUGUUUACCAAAACAGUUCCAAUCUUCAUUUAUUUGUCUAAAACUUCCUACAAUUUACUUACUUGUUAAGCUAAAAACAAAUAGUGCUGCUGUACAUAGUUGUAAAUUUCUUAUAUACCAAACAAAUAAACUUUAUACACAGUUGAA